UUCUUCACCAAUGACCGAAGCUGAUGCUGCUCCUUGACCAAUAAGCAUCGCGUUUGUUGCGCUGUGGGAGCGUGGAAGCUCGCGGCCGCCGAGGCCCUGAGAGAGGGAGGGCGGAAGAGUAGCUGGGGCAGAGCAGACAGGAUGGGGGUGAAGCUGGAGGUGUUUCGGAUGGUUCUGUAUUUGUCCUUCCCUGUUGCCAUGUUCUGGAUCUCCAACCAAGCAGAGUACUUUGAAGAAUAUGUCAUCAAAAGGAAGAGGGAGAUCUACCCACCCGAUGACGACCGCCAGAGGAAGGAGCUGGAAGAUUUCAAGGAAAGGAUGCGGAAGAAGCAUGAAGAGCGGCUCCUGCGUGCGGCUCAGCAGUGACAGCACUUCAUGCCCCCCGAGCUUGAUUGAGGGAGAGGGGAGCAUGGCCUGGGGUGGGGGAAGGACACUCUCCCCCCCCCCAAACACCUUUACACACCUCCAGGGGAGGGAGGAUGCAAGUGACCUGCAAGUCACCACCAAGGGGCUGUCAAGGAUGCACUGGCACGGCUGCACUCAAAUGCCCUCCUUGGAGAACUCCAGGCAUGUGGGGCAAAGGGAGCUGCAGAUAUGAUGCAGGGGGGUUAACAGCAAAUAGAGUAACCCGCUGUUUGCUCUCUCAGGGUGGUGGUGGCUUUGCACUGCUCGUUAAUUAAUCCUCAGCCUUUCUGGGCGAGAGGGAAGAGGCUCAAAGGGAAACUAACUUGAGCAAGUCCCUUCCCUUUGCUGUGCCUGAGUUUCCCCACCUGUAAGAGAGGCGGUGAGGCUGAGUUAAGAGUAAAGUGCUUUGAGCUGCUUGGCUAGGAGAUGCCAGGGAAAGGUGCAGUGUUGCGUGAGCAGUGCAGGGGUUUGGGGCCAGUGUCAGGCACACAAGCUUGGUACUGAGAAGAUGAGUUUCACCUUGUGGUGUUUUGAAUUGGUAGCGAGGGAGGCAGGAAGAUGGAGCCCUUGCACUGCCUGGCAGCACUCCAGGAGAGGAUGGUAGGGGCCUGGGCCUGCAGGAUUAUGGAGCCUCUGGAUAGAGGGAUGGGCCGACCCUCUGGAGAGCACAGUGCAUUCCCGCUCCAGGAAUGAGCUCCUGGGAUUGCCCCGGCGCUGUCUGACUCCACGGUCCCCUUCCACUAGGACCGGGCUGGGCUAUGUGGCUUUUCCGGUCUCUGCUGUGUGUUGUCACACAUCCUGCUCAGAGGCAGCAUUCGUGAGGAGGUGAAACCAUGCUCCACUGAGACUCUGCUAAGUCUGACCGGCUCCCUUGACUUUGUCUGGUUGGGGCAGAGUGUGUGGAAAAAUCUUGCAGUAACUGUAGCCCCCCCUCCCCUGGAGGCACGUCCUCUGCAUGUCUGUGUCCUGGCCUAGCCAAGCUCUUGCUUGAACUGACUAAUAAAAUCCUCUACCAUGAGGUCAUGUGCUGAC